CCUCUCUCUUCCUUUUACUCUCUGAUAUUCUGUGUUUAUGCGCAAUAAAUUUCUCUUCAAACCAUACAUAAAAAAAGCGGUGACGCAGUACACACAAGACCGCUAUUCGUCGCUCAGGAAACGGACUGUGCUCGAGACCGAUUGCAUUAUGAACAAAUCUUUCGCCUAGGCAUGCGAACAAUUAUGCAUUGCUACUUAAUUUAAGAACAGGCCAUUUAUUUCAGUUGUAAUGCUUAAUAUUAUUUAGUUAUUAGAUUCCGUGUUAGCAGUGAGCUAGCUAGCUAUCAAGCAUCUUCUGACAGUGACAUUUAUGUCUCUGCCUUGUGCUGUGUUCUCCGUCUUGGAAUGGGAUCGCAGACUGAUGUUCCGAACAGCUUAGUGAUUCAAACGAACAAAUCCAGAUCCUCCUUCUCUGAGUGACGCAGCUAUGUAUAUGUUUGGGCCCCAUGGUUGACUGCCAGACCACGUCCAGCCUCCGUACCAUGCUGGGGAGAAACAUGUCCCAGAAGCUGAGUGGGCUGCUGAUAAUCUUGGGGCUGGCGUGGGGGCUCAUGUUGCUGCGCUACACCGUGCAGCAGCCGCGCCACAAGAGCAGUGGCGAGUUACGCCAACAGAUCCUGGAGCUGAGCCGGCGAUAUGUCAAGGUGCUCAACGAGGAGAACCAGAACACACUGGGAGGACCGCAGGGCCCCUCCAUGGCCGGUUAUGCUGAUCUGAAGAGGACCAUAGCAGUGUUGCUGGACGACAUCCUGACGCGCCUGGUCAAGCUGGAGGGGAAGAUGGAGCUGGUCGCCAACACUUCAGCCACUAACUCCUCCCAUCCUGCAGCAGGCUCCCUGGCCUCAGCUCCAGUUGCCUUACACAAGCAGGACACGCCAGGCAACCACCGCCUGGAAACGCCUCGCCUCCCUCCACACACACCCAACAGACCUCGCCCAGGGGUAUAGUAGUGUGGGUAGUGAUUGAGGCCCUGUUCAAGUAAAAAGUGCAUCUUUUCUUCUUUAGGUAGUCACUGAUCUAUUAAGGAUGGUCAGGUGGUAACUUUCCUUUCACUUAUCCAUUAAUUUACAGAUCAGUGAUUAGUUCAUGGGAGGAAGAAAAGAGUGAGGAUGUAUUCUAGAUCAUUUAAAACUAACCUAACCCUGAGAAAGGACUGACUGCCUGUACCUUUCCAAUAACUACUUGGCUGAUUGACAUUUUUUUACAUAGACAUUUGAGCAUCUUUUUUAAUACUAUCAGUCAUGGACUCUUAGGCAUACGUUUUAGAUUCCCUAAUUGUUUUUUCAUGAAAGGGUCUACAAACUGCGGAUGUGUCUAAGGAUGUCUGUGGGCAGCAACAAAGCAUCAACAACAGUAGAGGAAAUGAACAAAUGUCUGUACUCUGUGGAGUCUUCAAGAAAGCUGAUGAUGAAUAUGAAUGGCACAGCCACCCCGAUAUUUUAUCCCUUGGACAGACCGACUAUGAAUUUUCUGUACUGCUUCUUUAAAUCUCAUCCAUAUCAGAAGUUGCUGAACUAAACAAUGCACUCAUGGUAGUUUUGGAAAUGAUGUAGUUGAGUUUGCAGAAGCUCCUGGUGCUUAAUAUGUAGAUUUGAAGAGUCCCUUUUUAGGUUUUUUAUAUAUAUAUGAUAUAAAAAUCUAUUUAGCUGUUGUACAGUAGACUUUCUUUUUUAAAGGAUAAAAGUGAUAAUCCAAAGAUUUUUAUUUGCACUCUCCUUGAAGGCUUCAAAAAUGUAUUUUUACUUUGAUUUUAGAUGGUGUAUAACAAGUUGAAUGUAACUGUCAAUAAGCAGAUGAUUACCAAGUGGUUACAAUUGAUCAAUUCCAACUCCAUCUCUAUCCUCUUUGUCAGUACUCGGACUGUUAGUCCUUGUUGAUUCCCCUUGCAGAUACGAGUGGUUAGGGCCAGGACUUUUUCCUGACUGACCAGUAAAAACUCCUAUCCCAAUCAA